AUGCGCAGAGAGAGAAAGAGAGAGAGAGAGACCGAGAGAUCGAGAGACGAGAGUCGCUGCUGGUCAAAGGCUGACAGGGGCGAGUCUUCUAUCACAUCGUUUAACCGCCCAACAUUCCCAGCCAGACGGUUAGGCCGGUGCUAUUGGCUGUGCUCGACUGGCAAAGGGGACUUCUCUUCGCUGCUGUUUGCUGGUAGAUGGCCUGCGAUCCCUGUCGCAAGUCACCUCUUUGCUUCUCGCCGCCCCCAGAGAGAGAGAGAGAAAGAAAGCAGGACGGCCCUUGAGAGUGCUGACCGUGCCGCUGCGACCGCCUGCAUGACCCUGAGCCCCCUCCCCCCCCCCAGAAAGAAGUUGACCUCUUCUUUAUUUAACUACUUUGCUUCUUCAUCUCGACUGAGGCCGGCGGCUAGACAGACUGCUAUACAACCAUCUCUCCUCCUCGUCGUCGUCAUUGUUCGUCGUUGUCGUUAUCAAACUCCACUCUUUCAACCGUCCAUAUCAAAAAGACGACAGACACUCAUCAUGAGGACGCACUUCUCGCUAGGACCCUUCAUUGGAGUCUUCCUGACUCUCGCCUUUGCGACCCUCGCUGCAAAGGGACACACGGUCAUCGUCUACCCGGGAUGGAGAGAGAACAACCUGCACAGCAACGGCACCGUCGACGAGACCAACGGCGCCGGCGUGGCCAUCAGAUCAAACACCUCUGAGCUUCUAUAUCCAUACGAAACUAACAGACAACAACCUCCAGGCGGCGGCACAGUAACCAGCACGAACAGGACGAAAUGGCCCAUCAAUGGCGGUGCCAUCUCCUUCCAGCCAGGAUGGUUCCCCGGCCACAAGACUGCGCUCAUCUACAUCAACCUGGGCAUGGGCACUACUCCCCUCAACAUGAGUCUGCCCAUGGUCCCGCCCUUCCAGAUAACCGGUCCAACCGUUGCCCCGUACCCAGGCACCUUUUGCCUCCCCCAGGUUCCACUCCCGGCCAACAUCAGCGUUAAAGCAGGCGACAACGCUACCAUCCAGGUCGUCGAGGCUGCCCGUCACGGCGCAGUCUUAUACAACCUGCAGUGCGUCGACAUCACCUUCGCUGAACCAAGUGAGGUCGAGCCAGUGACGAGAGAUAACUGCUUCAACUCGACCAACAUCACCUCCAGCACCAUCUACGCCAUCCCCGACAAGCCUACCAACGCAGCCCAUGUCACUGCCGUCUUUACCGCGCUGGGAGUAAUGCCUCUCCUUCUUGCCGGCUAUUACUUUAGCAUCAUGCUGUAA